AUGAAGAAGGUUUUACUCUCUUAAAUUAGCAGAGCCUCAAAUGAAAGAGGGUAGCAUUAAAAUAUAUAGCCUCAUUAGCUCUCUGUUUAAUCUCAAAUGCAAAACAGAUAACAAGAUUACAAAAAAUCUCCUUAGAGGCCACAUUCAUCUUUUCAUGAAAGACCUAAUUUUACUAACAACAAUAACUCGGGUCUUCCUGAAAGAAGUCCUUUAAAUUUUUCAUAUAACAAUAGUCAUAAAAUAAAGUUUAACAAUUAGAAAAUAUAUUCUCAUGAAAAUUAAAUUCCACUAUAGCAAAACUAGGCACAUCAUAGCAGAUAAAAUUCGAAUUCCUCUAACAAAUCAAGCAAGUCUAGUUAGAGAGUAUAAAUUGACUCAGAAAGGAAUAACGGGAAUAAGUAGACAGUAGCCGCUCAUUCGAAAUACAAAUAAUCAGACUUCUAAGAUAAACUUAACAAAUAUAUAAAAUUUACAGAUGUAAAAAAGAAUUUAACUGACAGAGUCAUUUUUCAGUCACCUGAUAGGAUUAACAAAAAUAUCUAAAAUAAUACAAGUAUAUUAAAAAAGAGUAUCAAAAAUAGUAGUGAGAAGAGUAAAAGCAAAAAAGAUGGUUCAAAUAGCAGCUUUUCUUAAUCUCCUAACAAGCCAAUACAGUCUUCUCACAAAAAGAGACCUUUAUCAUGCGAUUUAAAAAGCUAUACGGAAAUGAGUGAAUUUUUGAAUAAGUCAAUUUUGGAUGACAAAGAAGAGAAAAUGAGAGACUUAUCUUUGGAGUUUGAAUUCUUGAAGAAUAGGAUUAAGUAUGUAGAGAAAAAAAAUGAGAAUAUUAUGAACAAAAUAAAUAAUAUUGAAAGGGGAGAGAUAAGUCCUAUGGUUGAAGAGGAGAGAAGAACUCACUAUUCUGAUGAAGUAAUAUAAUCAAGCCCUUAGAAGAGGGUUUUGGAUUCUAUGAAAAAUUCUGUUAACACUCACGGUUCUCGAAAUUCAUCUAUAUUUUAAGAUUCUAAUAACUAAUUUAACAAUAGUUCAUUAUAUAAAUAUAACAAUGGAUCUCAAAUUUAGCAUUAAAAUAAAGGCAAUAAUUAAGAUGGCUAAAGAAGCAUUACUGAAAAAAAUAAAUAAGUGUUGGCUUAAUCAAAUGGAUUUGCUGCAAACAAUGAAAAAUUUUCCAAAUUUCCAAGUUCAAACAAUGAUGAAAACUCUUAUAAUAAAAAGAGAAGCAGUGUGUAAGGGAGAUUUGUUGGAAAUGAUCAAUAAAAUUAGAAUAAUUAAUAUAUAAAUAGAUAGAGUUAAUACUAAAAUUAUAUGUAAUAAGAACAAAAUAUAUCUCCUUAACCUAGAAAUCAUAGCAAUCGCUCUAUAAAUAAUAAUAGGAAUAAUAUUGAUAAUAUAGCCCAAGUGUAAAACAUCGUUUAAAAAUAAUAGCAAUAAUUGCAGCAGUUUCAACCUCACCAAUAAUUUGGGGUGAUAAGAGCUUCUCCUUAUAGGAAUAAUGAAAAUCAAAAUUAAGGAACAUCUCAAUCACCAUAUAAUAAUAAUAAUAAUAAUAAUCAAUAGUCUCCUUAUUAUAAUAAUAGGCAAUAACACUCGCCUUACGAUGAUCAAUUAGAAUAAACUUACCCAACAAACGAAAAUGAAGAUAUUGACAGAUAAAUUGUUCAUGUGAUUAGAGAGAGUAAAGCAAAUAGAAGCGAGAAAGAAUAUUAUAAAUAUAAAUACAAUAAAAUACUUAAAGACAAGGAGGCGAUAACAAUGCAAACAGAAUAUUAAAUGUCUUAAAAAGAAGAAGAAGUUAAUUAUUUAAAAGAAUAAAUUCAAAAGUUAAUGCAGGAAAGUAGAAAUGUCUUGCAUGAAAACAAAAUAUUAUCUGAUGAAAAUGAAGUUUUGUAAACCAAAAUAAAAACUUUAAAAGCUAAAUUAGCUGAGGUAGAGAAAAAGUCUGCAGACAGAAAAGCUAGUUUGAAAUAAGUUUACAGCAUUCUUCAAUAAAAAGACGAUUAAAUUAAAAUGCUAUAGGCAAACAACAACAAUAAUAAUAAUAACAUGAAUAAUUUCAAUAAUGCUAUAUAAUAAAAUUCAGCUUCUUUAGCUGCUGCUAGUAAUUCUAUAAUUAUUAAUUAAAUAAAAGAUGAUUUCGCUAGAUAACUUGCUGAAGUAGAAAAAUCUUUUUUGAAUCAAUUCCAUCAAAUUGAAAGGGCAGUGAAUUAAAAAAAUGAUAUAAUUGCAAAUCUAGAAGACUAAAUUAAGAAUCUUAAUCUAUCAAAAAGGAACAUAACAAGUAACAAUAAAAUAGAUUUAUCAAGUCCUAUCGAAUUCACUUUAUCAAACAACACUAGCAAGAGAAAUUAAAAUGCAAAUACAGUCAAUCAAGAAUAGCUUAUUCGAGCUAAAAAAAUGGACCUAGAAGCUAAACGUGAGAAUUUAGUAGAUAUAAUAUAAAAUAACCCUAAUUUACCGACUCAAAAGCGCUAGGAAAUUUAAUAAAUAAUAAGCCACAUUAACAACUAAAUGAUAGAGUUGAUAGAUUACCAAGCUACUCAUCCUGAUGUUGAAAAUGACCAAGAACAUGGAAGUGUUGGAAGCUCAAAUAGUUUGGAAGGUAACAAAUAGGACAUUGCAGAACUUAGAAUGUAAAUUGAAGAAUACUGCAAUAAGAAUAUCAUGCUUGAAAGAGAAAACGAAUAACUUUAAGAAUAAUUUUUAUUGAAAGAAAAAGAAACUGAGAAGUUUAUUGGAGAAUUGUAAAUUUUAUUAAACUAAUUAAGAAUUUAAGAUUAAGUUCAAAGUGAUGUAGAAACUUUGAAUUAGAAUGAAAGAAACUUGGUUUCUUUAUCUAUUUCGAACUUAGGAGAAUCUCUUGGAGCUAUAAAGGAAGUUGUUAAUUCUUAUAAAAUGCAUGAAAAUCAAAUAUAAUUACUCGAAUAAUAACUGCAAAUAGCAAUUUAAAGCUAAGAAAAUCUCACAAAUCAGCUUUAAAAUAAUUUAAUAAGCGAAAAUAGUUAAAAAUCUGAAAUUAUAAAGCAGCUUGAUUCAUAAUUAUAAAACUUAAAGAGCUUGCUCUAAUAAGAAUAAAGCAUAAACUCUGAUUUAUAAGAAGAAAAUGGCAGAUAAAGAGAAAGAAUAGAAUAAUUGAGAGAUUAAUUAGAUAUUUUCAGAUAGAAAGAUAAAUCAAGCUAAUAAUCGAAAUACAAUGAUGAUAACUCUUCACAGUAUAGUUAGCUGUUCUCAAAGUACUAGCAGUAAUAAGUAUAAUUCAAUGAAGUAGUUAGAGAAAGAGAUAUCAUUGAACAGAAGAUCCAAGAAAUGCAAAGAAACUAUAAAGAGGUAAAAUCUAAAUAUGAAAAGAGUAAGGACGAAAGGAAGAAAAUGUAAAAAAUGAUUUCAGAUCAAUAGCAAGCUAUUACUCAGCUGAAAAAGUAUUCUCAAUCUGAUGAGCAAGUUGAGAAUUUAAAUUAGAUUAUUAAUGAUCUCAAGAAUAAAUUAAUCAACCAGCAAUAGCAGCAGUAAUAGAAUAAUAAAGAUCAGUAUUCUUCUAAUACAGAAGAGCUUAAUUAAGAUUUGACUGUGAUUAAGAAAAGAAUGAGCGAAUUACAGUAAAACUAGGCUGAUUUGGAACAAAAAAAUAAAAAGCUUUACACAGAGAAGAAAGACUUGUCAAAGGCUUUCAAGGAAGUUUCAAAGCUUAAUUCAGAGCUUCAAAGAUCAAAUGAUGAGAAGAUUAGACAGAAUUCAGAAUUGGCAAAUUAAAUUUCAGAACUUUCAAAACAAAAUUAAGAACUUUCUAAAGCAAAUGCUGAACUCGCUAAAUAGAAUUCAGAAGUCACUCGUGCUUUUAAAGAAGCAAGAAUUCUUGGUUCGUCUGACUCACAUAAAAAUUCAGAGGGAAAACAUUUAGCGAUAGAAGCUGCUGAAUAGCAAAAAUAAAUUAGAGAUUUGUAAAAGUAAAACUAGGAGUUACUUAAACAAAAUUAAUAGCUUCUUAUGCAAAUGCAAGAAGUUCAAUUGGAGAACAAAGACUUAAUUAAAUAAAUUGACAAGAGUUAAAUAAAUAUCGAUUAAUAAAGAGAAACAAUUAGUUAGUUGAAUUUUAAGCUUAAAGAAAUUUAAAGUAACUAUGAAGGUAUCUACAGCAAACUUAAGUAAUAAGAGCUUCUUUCUAAUCAGCAACUCGAUGAAAAUUCUAAGAACAACAUGGAUUAUCAAAAAAUAAUUAAUGAAUACGAAGAAAAAUUGAAUAAAACUUAAAUUAAAUUGAAUCAAGUCUUUGAUGAAAAACUUUAAAUAGAAUAAAAUAACUUAGACACACAAAAAGAGCUAUCACAGCUCUAGCAAAAGUUCAGACUUCAAUAAGAAUCUUUGCAACAAAAGUAGAAGGAGAUAGAGGAUGAAAAGAGGUCGUUUGCUGGAAAGUUAGAAAAAUUGGAUUAGCAAAUUUAGAAUUAGAAAAAUAAAUUGAAUGAAAAGGAUAUGACUAUUAAAAGACUUCAAUUUGAACUGCAGUCUAGUUAAUCUUUGAAUGAUAGUUUAAAUGAAAUUUAAAGUAAAUAAAAGAGGACAGCUUAUGAUGAUAGAUAAAUGCUUAAGCAAUAUGAAAGUGAAGAUUUAAAUGAAGAACAGAUUAUAGAGUUAAAGGAGGAAAUAAGGUAGUAACAAAAUAAAUACUUGGAAUCUCAAAAAAUUAAUGAAAAGAAGUAGAAGGAAAUUGAACUGCUUAGGAGAGAGGUUGAAGAAUUUUAAAAUGAAAUUCAGCAGCUGACCUAGCGCAAUUAAAGCUUGAAUUCAAGACUUUAAGCUUAAAAUUAAGAAAUAAAUCUACUUAAAAAUGAAAAAGAGGAGUAUAACUUGUUAAAGCAUGAUUAGAUCAAUGAAAAUUCAUCGAAUUAGGAUAGAAAUAGCAGCGAAAGCAAUGAGGGAACUUCUGAUUUAGAACUAGCUAGAAUGCAAAUUGAAGGACAGGAAAGAGAUUUAGAAAAACUUCAAAUUGAUUUGAGGACAAAGGACUCGUAUAUUGAUGAGAUGAACUAAGAAAAUUUAAUGCUCAAAGAUAAAGUGAACUAGUAGCAAUAGGAAAUUAGGUACUUGCAAGAGUAGGUCAGUUAAUUGAAUUCCGAGAUUGAAGAAAAUGUCUAGAGAUAAGAUGAGCUUAUUGAGAUGCAGAAGGUCAAUUUCGAGAAUGAAAGAGAGUAAAUGCAGAAAGUUCUUGAAGAAAAUUUGGAGGAGCUCAAGAGACUCAGAAAUGAAAGAGGAUAGACUAGUGAUUAGGUCCACAGUGCUUCUAAAUAAAUUUAAUUCUGGUAAUAGGAAUACGAGAAGGCUUAGUAAGAGUGUGAGAAGGUAUUGAGUGACUUCAAUUUGCUACAGAGAGAAUUCUAAAAAAUUUAAGCUGAAAGCGAUUUAAAAUCUGCCAAACUUUAAAAGCAGAUAGAACGUUAAUCUAGAGUGAUAUUUGAUCAAGAAUAACAAUUAUAGCAGAGUGAGAGGAUGAAUAGCUCCAGGAGAUUUAGCUCGAAAAAGGAAGACUAGUUGAAUCAAUCUUCUCUAAGCAAUUCGCCUGAAAGAGAGUGGCAAAAAAAAUACAAUUAAUUAAAAGAAGAAAACGAAUAGUUCUCAAGAGAUUAUUAAUAAUUGAUUAAUGAAAACUAAAGAAUACUUGAAGAAGUAAGAAAACUGGAGGAGAGCUGCUUGUAACUAAAAGAAAGAAACAGUGAAUUAGAUGAGGAAAAUAGCUCCUUGAGAGAAGAUAACUCCGCAUUGAUGCAGCAAGUGCAGCAGAUCAAGAGUUAGGUUGCUGAAAUAUAAUAAUAGUAUGAGCAAUAGGCUGAGAAAGAGAGUGAAUAUGAGAUGUUAUACAAAGGUACCUAAGACGAAUUGCAAGUAUCAAAAACAAUAAACAAACAAGUUUAAGAUAAGCUGAGAUAAGUUCAACAAUCCUUGAUUGAUAAAGAAAAUUAUUGCUCGAUACUUUAAGAGCAGAUUAAAGAGUACAAUGGUGUGCUGUAAAAAAUGAAGGAUGAUGAAGAUAAUGUUGAAAAGAAUUUGAAAGAGAAGACUAGUGAAAUCAUAGACUUGAAGCAAUAGAUGAACUUGUACAUAGAAAUGAAAUAAGAAAUGGAAAAUCAGUAUAAAUCUAAGGAUGAAUAGCUUGAUGUAGCUGAAAGUAAAUUGAGAGAGGCUUAGAAAGAAAAUUUAAAAUUAAAGCAAGAAGUAUAAAAAUUAUCUUAAUCUGGUAAUUAAUAAGAAGAUAUGUUAAAUUAAUAAGACUAAUAACAAUUAAAUACUUUAGAGCAAGAAAAGUAGAGUUUAAUUGAUUAAAAUGAUUAGCUUAGAGAUUAAAUUUAGUAGCUCAAUUCAUAGAUUUAAGAUUUAAGCAAACAAAAUUUCGAUUUCGAUAAUUAAAUUGAGGAUCUAAACAAUAGAAUUGAAGAAAAGGAUAGAGAUAUUCAAGAUUUACAGAAUAGAAUUGGAGAUUAACUGAGCUAAAUUCAAAGAUUAAAAGAGGAUUUAACGUAAGAAGAGUAAAAGAAUGUUUAAAUUUAAUCUAUUUAAAUUGAGAAAGACUAAAAAAUCUAAGUUUUAGAAGAAUAGGCAGAGAGUCUGACUGAUGAAAUAACUAAUCUUUAGGGAUAAAUAGAUAUUCUAAACAGAUAGCUGAAUAGUAGUUAUAAUACUUUAAGUGAAAUUUAAAAAAAUAAACAAACUUUCGUCAAUUAGGAUAAAGAAUUAGAAAAGUUUUAAUAAAUUUAAGCUGAUUAAUAAAAAUAAAUUGAUAGUCUUUUGAUAGAAAAUGAAAAAUUAUAAUAGGAGUUGAGUUAAUAAAAAUCUGACUUUGAGGAGAGCUAAAAAAUGUUAAAUCAACAGACAGUUUAACUAAGUGAAUAAGCUUAACACAAACAAGAACAGUUAAAGAAUUAUCUUGAGGAGAAGAAUACUAUUUUAGUUGAUAAUUCUAAUUUAAAAGAAGAAACAGAAAGGCUCUAAUAGGAUCUAUAGAAGUAGUUUAUAAUAACAGCAAGAAACGAAGAAAAAAUAAUCUUCCUCGAGUAGAGCAUGGAACAACUCAAACAGGAUUUACAAUAAAAAGAAGAAAUCCUUGAAUCAAAAGAAGAAAUAAUUCAAUUAAAAAUAGAAGAAAUUAAAUAAUUAGAAGGAAAAUUAUUGUAACAUGAAGAGAAAAUACAUUAAUUGUAAGACGAUAUCUGGCAAAAAGAAGAAAACUCAUAAUUAUUAGAAGAAAAGAUUCAAUAAUUAGAAGAAAAAAUCUAGGAGUAUGAAGAGAAAAUCUAAAAUCUAGUUGAAGAUAACAUUUCUUAGAAUAUUUCUUAGGAGCAGCUAUAAAUUUAGUAAAAAAUCAUUGAUGAAUACACUUAAAAACUUGAUGCUUCCCUUGAAAAAGCUGGUGAGUUAUAAAAGCAAAUUACUUUCAAGUAAUAGAAAAUAGCAAUUCUUGAGAAACAAUUAAAUGAAGUUGAAGCAGAAAAUGAAUUGCUUAAGCAAAAUCAGGAAGUGAGAGAACAAGAAUUUGCUUUAAUAGAUGAAUAAAUUAAAUCUCACAAGGAGCAAAUUUAAAACCUCAAAAACUAGCUAUAAGUUUCAGAAAGUAAAAGUAAAGAAAAGCUAGAGUAAAACUCUGAUUAAAAAAGGAAUUAGCAGAAAAAAAUUGAAGAAUAUGAGUAAAAAUUGGAAUCAUUAAACCAAUAAUUCUUAUAAUCAUAAAAUUAAUAUGAAGAUUAAAUAAACCAAUGCAAUUAAUAGCUAAUUUAGGCUAGAAAUAAAGAGAAAUAGCUUAAUGAAACUAUUUCAUAGAACGAAAAAACUAUAGAUGAUUUAAGAAUAAAUAUUAAAGAUCUUAACAACUUAGUUUAUGAGUAAAUUGAUAAAAUUAACGAAUUAACUGAACAGUUGAAUCAAGAAAGAGAGUAAUUUAAUUCAGAUCUAUAGAAGGAAGUAUUAGCAAAAUAAGAAUAAGAAAGCGAAUUCAAUUCAAUUAAAUAAUAAUUGCAUGAACAAAAUGAUACUCUUAAGAAAGAAAAAGAAAGGGAAAUAUAAAUUUUAAAGGAUUAAAUAGAACAUUUAGAAAAAGAAAAAAAUAAUUUAGAAUUAAAUAUUGAGAAAUAAAGAGAAGAGGAAAUGAGCAUGCUCAGAGCCUAAAUAGCUUCUCAUAAAGAUAUCAUAAAUGAAUUAAGACAAGAAAGAACUAAAAUUUCAUAAAGCGACCAGAGCAAGGCAGAAGAAAUUUAAAAGUUAGAACAAUAGCUUAAUUAAAUUAAAUAUGAUAAAGAUGAAUUAUAAGAAAAUGUAAACUAAUUACAAAAUAAAAUUGAUAUAAAUUAGAAUGAGAAGAAUGAAAUCUCCAAAAUGCUUAACGAAGUCACUCUAGAAAAAGAGAGAAAAGAGAAGGAUUUCAAAAACAAAGAAGAAACAUUAAAUUAAUAAUUAAACGAAGAAAACAGAAAGGUUUUGUAAUUAUAGGAAAAAUUAGAAAAGCACCAAACCGAAAUUGCUAAUUUACGUCAAAAUUUGGCAGAUUUAAGUAGCUCUUCUUAAGAAGAAAUUAACAUUAUUAGAGAAUAAUUAAACUCUUAAGUUAUUGCAUCAAAUAAUAACAUUCAAAUGCUUCAAGAUUAGAUCAAAUAAUAUCAAUAAAAAUCCCAGUCAGAUGCUGAUAGCUAAAUACUUUAAAGAGAAUAAAAAAUAGUCGAUCUUGUUAAUCAAAACACUGAGCUGAAUAACUAAUUGCAUGAGGCAAAUACAAAAAUAUCUUAAUUAAAUGCUAAAAAUUAAUAAGAAAAGGCUAGAUUAGAAGAAUCAAUUACACUUAAAGAAAGUUAACUUGAAGAAUAAAAAGAAUAACAAAACUAAUUAAAGCUAUCAUUCCAGCAUGAAAAAUCUAUUUUAGAAAAAGAAAAAGAUCAACUUUUGUAAUAAAUUUCUUAAUAAAAUGAUGAAAUUAGCAGUUUAACUUAAAAAGAAACUGAAUUCAAUGAGUAAAAGAGCGAAUACUAAGAGAAAAUAAGUAAAUUCAAGGCUUAGUUAGAUCAGACAAAUGCUAAGCUUGAAGAAAGUUUAAAAGAAUAAAGUAAUUUGAAACAACAAAUUUCUCUAUAGAAUGAAAAUAGCAAUCAGUAAAACACUAAAAUUGAGGAUUUGUAAACAGAAGUAGAGCAACUUAACAAUUUAAUUAAAUAAAUUAAUCAAAAAUACCUUGAUCUUUAACAUGAAAUACAGAAAGAAAAAUUUGAGAAAGCCAACUUGCAAAAAGAAAUUACUCAUUGCAAAGAAGAUUACUAAAUUGUUUAACAAAAAUAUGAAAACUUUUAAGCCUAGCACGAAGAUUAGCUUAAAUUGAUUAAAAGCACUCAUGCUUAAGAAUCUGCUCAUUUAAAGAAGCAGUAUCAAUAAGAAUUCUAACAAAAAUUGAUUGACACCUAAAAGGACUUAUAAUCAAAGCAUGAAGUAGAAAUCAAACAAAAAGAUGAACAAAUUUCUAAGUUGCAAGACGAACUUACUUAAUAUAAAUUAAAUUUAGAAGAACAAAAGCAACUAAUUACAUAAAAUGAUAAAUAAGUUUAAGAAUUGAAGCAAAAUAUUGAGCAAGAAAAACAGCUUAACUAAGAUUUGCAAAAUUAACUUUUAUAAUAAGAAAAGUAUCUUCAUAAAAAGAUAGACGAGAUUUAAGUUCUUAAGAAAUCAUAAGAGCUUAUCCAAUCAACACACUCAAUUAAUGACCAUAACACAGCUACUUUAAGAAGUGACAAUGAUAUAUCACCGACUAUGUCACUUGGCAGAGCAAAGAAAGUAGAAUCUUACAGAGAAGAUCAAGACAAAAUUAUAUUAUAAUAUAAAAAGGAAAUUGAAAAUCUGCAGUCCUUGCUUAAUUAAGAAAAAGAAAAGUGCAACCUCCUAAACGAAGAAAUAAAGCUCAAAGUUUAAGCCGAAGCUCCUAUGCAAAGAAGAGAAAAUAACUAAGAAACAUCUGCAGAAAAAGAUCAUUACUAAAUUUUGAUUUCUUAAAAUUAAAGAUUGAUUCAAGAAAACUAAAGAUUGAAGGAAGAAAAUGACAAACUGAAGGAAGAAUACUCAUAUUAUGCUGACAACAGUGUUACUUUACAAUAAACUAAUCCCGUCUCAGGUCAAAAUACUGCUAGCUAAUCUGCAUCGAAACCUGCACAAGAUUUGUAAACAUAAAAUACAGAUAUUGAGCUACAGGUGCAGAUAUUGCAAGAAUAAAUAUCAAAAUAAAAUGAGUAAAUUGUGAAAAACGAAUAGAAUAUCUUGGAAUUCAUAUAAUAAAAAGAGCAAUAAGAAUAGCAAUACCAUAACCUACUUAUUGAGUUUAAUAAUGUUAAGAAUAAGCUUAUUGAAAAAGAAAAUGAGAUCAGAUUCUUGCAAUAGUAUGCAGACAAGUUAAGCUCUUAGUAAGAAUAUACAGUUUACAGCACUGAAGGAAAUAAUAAUAACAGAUAACAAUAACAACAACAUAUCCCCAAUCAGCUGUAGAAUUAGAAUGUGAAAAUCAGAAAUAUUAGUUUCUUAGAGCAGGAAGGAAGUCAAUUUGAAGAAAAUUAGUUUGAAGAUUACAUUCAUUAAGAAGAUGCUCACAGAGGAUCAGUGCACACUUCAGCCGAAAUAGUUGUCAAUGUGAAUGACAUAAAUGCAAGCAAUACUUUAGGAAGAGGCUUUGCUUAAGCAUCUGGAUCUUAAUAAAACAAUUAAUAAAACUCUAAUAUCCGCAACUCUAACAGUAUGCAAUCGAAUAUCCUGUAGGGAUUGAACUUUAAUGCUAAUAACUAGCAGGAUGAAGAAACUAACGUUUAAAAUAACUAGCCAUAUAACAGUAAUUUGAGUGUCGAAGAAGGCUUUGCAGUCUUACAAAAAAUUGAUUAAGCUAUGGAGAAGAUUGUUUGGGAUAUGGAUUGCAACGAAGAGCUAAACGAUAUAGAAAAGAAUCAAUCUUUCUGCUCAAAUUCUAUUUCUUAAAAUCUCAGAUUGUUGAUGGAAAAGAUUCACAAAUCUACUUCCAACAGAACUUUAGAUAAUGAAAGGAUAGAAAAACUUCAAGCAAAGCUGGAAGAAAAAGAUGAGCAAAUUGCAUUCUUAAACUAAAAGCUUUAAGAACUUCAAAAUGUCUAAAAGCUUCUAAAAAGGUCAAUUGUCCAAGACAUAAAUGAAAAAGACCCAGAUGUGUCAAGAAUCGAUAUAAACCCUCAUUCCCCUAAGGAGCAGUAAAUACAGCAGCCUUCCUCUCCAUCAGCUUCCCCUAAAAAAUCUGCUAAAAAUCUACAACAACUUAAAGACGAAGUAAGAGAAUUAAAAUACUAAGUUUAAGACCUCACUUAUGAAAGAGACUAGUUAGAGCUAGAAAAUGAGAGACUUUAAAUGGAAAUAAGAGAUUUCGAAAACGAGCAAGAGAGAGUUCAAAGCCAAAUAAGUUUAUUAAAACAAGAAAUUAAGCAGCUUUAAUCCUAAAACAUAGACGAAGGCUCUAGGAUUAUCAAACAAACUCUCAAGACAAUCCUCCCUAAAUUCUUAAAUAUCAUAUAACUGAAGAGCAAAACAGAAAGCCAAAACCAAGAAGCUACGUAAUAUCUGAAUGUUAUGCUUAACUUACUAGAAUUCAGCGAACCUGAAAAAGAUAAUAUUAUUUCAGCCAGAUCAAAAACAAAAAAGAAAAGUUGGUUUUGA